AUGGACAACUGUCCGUGGAAGGACCUCUAUGGUUGGGGACUGCACCAGGGUCGGGCCCGGUCCUCGGAGCCUCCCUGUCGCCUGCAGAUGCGAGCUCCGUUUACAAAACCACCUCUCUGGGCUGAGCGUGGCCAUGCUGCUGUAGCUUCACAGGCUGGCUAUAAAGAAGGCUGCCGCUUCCUGCUCCUGUGCGGCACCCGGGCACAGACCCUCCUUACGCACCAUGGAGAGAACAGUCAGGGCCAGAGCUCAGUUCAAGCCUGCGUGUCUUUACAGAAGGAGCGGCAUGGGACCCAAGCAACUGAGACCCGUCACACCACAAAGAUCAACCAACAAGAUCCUGCCAGCAACCAACCCCUGAACAGCCACGAUGCCAGUCCCCCGCACAAACCCCGCAGGCCCCUGGAGACCUUCAAAAAGGUGGGCAUUCCCAUCAUUGCCGCGCUGCUGAGCCUGGCGGCCAUCGUCAUUGUGGCUAUCCUCAUCAAGGUGAUUCUGGACAAAUACUACUUCAUAUGCAGCCAUCCCUUAACCUUCGUCCCAAGGGACCAGGUGUGUGACGGCCAUCCUGACUGUGCCUUGGGAGAAGACGAGGAGCAAUGUGUCCAGAACUUCUCUGAGAGACCUGCAAUGUCAGUCCGCCUCUCCAAGGACAGAUCCACCCUGCAGGUGCUGGACCAGUCCACAGGAACCUGGGUCUCUGCUUGUUUUGACAACUUCACAGAAGCUCUGGCCAAGACAGCCUGUGGGCAGAUGGGCUAUCGCAGCCAACCCACCUUCAAAGCAGUGACGAUUGGCCCCAACCAGGAUCUGGAUGUCGCUGAAGUCACAGGAAACAGUCAGGAGCUUCAAGUGCAAAAUACAAGUAGAUCCUGCCUCUCAGGCUUGCUGGUUUCCCUGCACUGUCUUGCCUGUGGAAGCGGCCAGAAGAUGCCUCGGGUGGUGGGUGGGGAGACUGCCUCCGUGGAAACUUGGCCUUGGCAGGUCAGCAUCCAGUACAACAAACAACACAUCUGUGGUGGAAGCAUCUUGGACCCCCACUGGAUCCUCACAGCAGCCCACUGCUUCAGGAAGCAUCUUGAUGUGUCCAACUGGAAGGUGAGGGCCGGCUCAGACAAACUAAGUGACUUCCCAUCCCUGCCUGUGGCGAAGAUCUUCGUCACUGAGCACAAUACCUCAUACCCCAAAGAGAAGGACAUUGCCCUCAUAAAGCUACAGUCCCCACUCACAUUCUCAGGCACUAUCAGACCCAUCUGCCUGCCCUUCCCUGAUGAGGAGCUCACUCCAGCCACCCCACUCUGGGUCAUUGGAUGGGGCUUUACAGAGCAGAAUGAAGGUAAAAUGUCCGACAUCCUGCUACAGGCGACAGUCCAGCUCAUUGACAGCAUGCGCUGCAACGCAGAGGAUGCAUACCAAGGGGAAGUCACCGAGGAGAUGCUGUGUGCCGGUAUCCCGGAUGGUGGCGUGGACACCUGUCAGGGCGACAGUGGUGGACCCCUGAUGUACCACUCUGACCAGUGGCAAGUGGUGGGCAUCGUGAGUUGGGGCUAUGGCUGUGGAGGGCCAAGCACCCCUGGAGUGUACACCAAGGUCACAGCCUAUCUCAACUGGAUCUACAGUGUCCGUCAGGUGAGCAUGGCUUACCCCACCCCCGGUGCCCUCCCUCCCUCCCUCCUUCCACGCUGA